UCAUUCCUGAUACAUUAGGACAUCGAUUCAUAUUUCACAUCACAUGCAAAAUACACAAGUUAUUUUUGAGUUGUGACUGCUUUCAUUCCUAUCAUAACCCAAUAACCCUAAAGGUUGAUUGAUGCGAGAUCUAUCUCCUCUGUGCUGUCCUCCCAAAUCCCAAAUCCCAUCCAUAAAGCAAGUAUCCCUCAAAAAGAAGUACAUGUCCAUCCCCGGAGUAAAAGCAUCCCCGUCGAGAUUCCCUAAUGUAUCAUCAAUCAUAUUCGUUCUGUCUGAUUUCCGCCUCUCCUCAACGAAUUAUCUCCCCCCUCUUCGUGAAAACGAGAAGAAUGGACGCGAGAAAGGAGAUGAUGAAGAGUAAAUAACGCCAUGCUAAUAUCACAAUGUUUUCGUAUUCAAUGCCU